AAAAAAAAAAAAAACAACCUUUUCUUUUUUUUUUUUUUUCCUUCAUUCUUUAUUAUCAUGUUUGGUGCAUUCCGUCCUUCGUUUGUUGCUCAAAGUGGUUUACUUUGGAAAAACCCAUUUCGCAUGUCAGCCACUCGUAAAGCCAAUGUACGAAAACGAUUACGAGAAGUAGAUCAAGUCAUUGCUACAGUAGAAGCAUCAGGUGUACGUUGCAAAGCAUUGGAUGAAGCAUUACAAUUACCCAAAGAAAUCGAUAUGCAUGCUCGUGAUAAGUAUACCGUCUUUAGUCGUUAUGGAUUACACCACCGUAAAUCUCUUCACAAGGUCCCUAAAUUCACAAAAAAGACCCAACGUACAAGUCCUCCUGGUUUCUAGAUUCCUUUUUGUAUCACUAUUUUUUUUUCUUCAUCUAUUUUUAUCCCUUUCCAUACUUUUUUUUUUUGACUUGUUUGUAUAUAUAGAAUCAUCAUUUUAUUUAAAAGAAUAACAUGAAAUAAACACAUCGAUACUUGAUUAUUGUUUUCUUUUUCUUUUU